AUGGCAGAAACAUUCUUGUUCGACAUCACAGAGGACGUUCUAUCGAAGGUUUCUUCACUUGCUCUAGAAGAGAUCAGUUUAGCUUGUAGCAUCAAAUCAGAAGUGAAGAAACUUCACAACACUUUGUCUACAAUCAAGGCUGUACUUUUGGAUGCAAAUGAGCAACAAACCAAGAAUCAUGAACUAAGAGACUGGCUAGAAAAGCUUAGGGAUGCCGUCUAUGAUGCCGAUGAUUUGUUGGAUGAUCUUUCAACUGGAAUUUCACCGCAGAGGGAUAGCACUUCAGUUCUUGCAAAGGUUCGUAGAUUCUUUUCAUGCUCAAAUCCAUUGGCCUAUAGAUUCAAGAUUGGCCAUAGGAUAAGCCAGAUCAGGAAGAAACUAGACGAAAUUGCGGCUGACAGGAAAAAUUUUCACCUUACAGAACAGGCUUAUAUUGUUCCGGUAGAGAAUAGAGAGAGAGAUCAAACUCACUCUUUUGUAAAAGCCUCAGAUAUCAUUGGUAGAGACUCUGAUAAAGAAUUCGUCGUACGGCUUCUUUUGAGAACUAAUGAUGAAGAACAUGUUUCGAUUAUUCCUAUUGUCGGACUAGGAGGUCUUGGGAAGACGACAUUAGUUAAAUUGGUCUACAAUGAUGAUCGGGUAGUUCAAGGUUUUGAUCUUAAAAUGUGGAUUUCUGUUAAUGAAGAUUUUAGUACAAGAAAGGUAACUGAGAAAAUUCUAAGAUCUGCCACUGGGGAAACUUUUAGCCAUCUGGAUAUGGACGAGAUGCAGAAAUGUUUGUCGAAAAUUUUGAAUGCUAAAAGAUAUUUACUUGUCCUGGACGAUGUGUGGAAUGAAGAUCGUAAUAAAUGGAUGGGUUUGAAAGAAUUGUUGAUGAACUGCAGCUCAGGAAGUAAAAUCAUCGUUACCACGAGAAGUAAGACUGUUGCUACGAUUUACAGUACCACAUCCCCUUAUAUUUUGAGUGGUCUCUCCGAUGAUGACUGCUUAUCUUUAUUCUUGAAAUGCGCGUUCAGUAAACAAGACGAUUGGCUCCCUAAUCUAGUAGAAAUCGGGAAGGAAAUUGUGAAGAAGUGUGGCGGAGUUCCUUUGGCUGUCAAGACAUUGGGAAGCUGCUUGUAUAUGAAAACAGAUGAACAAGAAUGGCUGCAUAUAAGGGAUAACGAUAUAUGGGAAAUUGAUCAAAAGCAAACUGACAUACUUCCUAUAUUGAGGCUAAGUUAUGAACAAAUGGCAUCCUAUUUAAGGCAAUGUUUUGCGUAUUGCUCCAUGUUUCCCAAGGGUUUUGAAAUUCCAAGGGAGGAAUUCAUCAACCUCUGGAUUGCACAGGGUUUCAUUCAUUCACCAAAUGGAAAUAAACAACUUGAAAACAUUGGAAACCAGUACUUUAAUGAGUUGUUAUCAAGAUUCUGCUUUCAAGAUGUAGUAGAAGCUUUUGAUGGAGAAAUAUUGGCCUGUAAGAUUCAUAACCUCGUGCACGACCUUGCACAAUCUGUGGCUGGAUAUGAAUGCUUAAAUGUGAAAUCUGAUGCCAAAAUUAUUUCUGAUAGUGUUCGCCAUCUCUAUUUUCACGCAGAAGAUCUGUCUAGAAAAGAAUUCCCCGAACCCUUGUCCAAAAUGAGAAAAUUGAGGACCUUCCGUUAUUCUUACAAGGUUGCAACCGUAAACGAGAAUUUCAUAGAGACGAUCACAUUGAAGUUCAGGCGCCUUCGAGUCUUAGUACUUAACUCAUUAGAGCUUGAGGAGUUACCGAGUUCCAUUGGCAACUUGAGAAAAUUACGGUAUCUUGAUUUGAGUAACAGCAGGAAGAUCAAGUUCCUUCCAAAGUCCAUUUGCAAACUUGUGAAUCUACAGACACUGAAUCUCAUAAACUGUGAGGAACUUCAACAGCUGCCGAGAAAUAUUGGGAAUUUAGUUAGCCUCAGAACUCUAUAUUUGACUUCCCAUGAGAUUUCUUUGAGAAGAAAAGGUCCCAAAAGCUACAAUUCUCUCCACUUCUUGUUGCUCUACAAUUGUGACUUUGUAAAACUACCAUCAGAAGGAUUUCAACAUUUCACUUCUCUUCGAGUAUUACGCAUUUAUGAAUGCCAAAGACUAGCUUCUCUUCCAACAAGUAUUAAGUAUCUGACUGCACUCGAGAAAUUGUGGAUUUGGAACUGCGACGAGCUCGAUUUUACUGACGGGGAAGGAUUGGAAGGCCUCGAGAGUCUUCAGUCACUGCUUUUAAUGGGACUUCCGAAGAUGGUAAGUGUGCCAGUGGGGCUUAAAGAGACUGCUGCAAAAAGUCUCAGAUUCGUUCGAAUAGCUAAUUGUGCAAGUUUGACAACAUUGGCCGAGUGGUUUUCAGAUUUCAGUUCACUCCAGAGGCUUUACGUUGAGGAUUGUCCCAAUUUAUCCGUACUUCCAGAGGGUUCCACAACUUCAAUCUUUCAAGAGUACGGAGGCCAGACAGGAUUUUCGUCUGAGGUUGGAGUUUCGAGGACCAUGCCGAACCCUGCAUCAAAGUCUUGUCACCGUGCCCGCUUGGGGUCAAAGUAA